AUGGCUGAAGUUGCAAGGUUUGAAGAGAUAGCUCUUGAAGCUCAGGAGGUGCUAGACUGCUCGUUUUCAAAAUGGGCACCCUUGUUUCGGGAAAACGUGUUUCCAUAUAGGAUAAUCUCGCCACUAGCCGAGGCCUUUCUCAAGUACUUGCUCUCAGAUGGGAUCGAGUUGCCAUCUUCAAAAGAGGCAAAGGUGGUCUUGGAGCGGAACAGCGAUAACGAGUACAGUGACUGGGAGGAGGAGGAAGAAGAGGAGACCAAAAUUGAAGAAGUUGGAGGUGAAAAAGCUAGUGGUGAUGCUUGCAUUUCGGCUCUUUAUGAGCAAGUUUCACGAGACAUCAAAGAUCUUGGGGGCAGUGUCAUUCCAAAGUUGAACUGGUCGAGUCCCAAGGAUGCCAGAUGGCUAAUGCCGGGAAACAUCAUCAGGUGCACGGGGGUGGACGAUGUAUUGUUGUUGCUUAAAUCUUCGGACCACAUCACUGAUGAUCUAGUGGAUCCGUUCCUGGAGGUGCAAAGCGGCAGCAGCAGCAGCGGCAGCAGCAGUAGUGUGCCGAGCGUUGAGUACGAGUUGGUGUUGAAACAGUGGCAGGAUAUCAACCCCGCAUUGGAGUUCCGCGUGUUUGUCCGGGACGGGAAGAUCUUGGGUGUAACGCAGCGAGAUUUGAACCACUAUGAUUUUCUCAAGGAUUUGCACCUGCAGUUGAAAGCCAAGAUUGACGCAUUUGUAACUGUAGAGGCUAUCCCGAGACUAGACGCGUCCUUACCUGAGUUGAAGAAAUACACCUUGGAUGUAUACAUCCCCGAACCUUUUGAAAAAGUCUACAUCAUUGACGUCAACCCGUUUCUGAGAAAAUCGGACUCGUACUUGUUCACCUGGAACGAGCUCUUGACGAAAAACGUCACCAAAGAUUACGAAAUGAGGCUAAUCAAUGAGACCAAUAUGGGUGCUUUUGCGAAAACCCAGUUUAGCGAAAGCAAGGUGCCCAUCGACGUAGUCGGCGCUAGUCAUGACACCGAGACGUUGAUUGAACUAGCGAGAGAAUGGAGAAAAUUGCAAACUAAUGGCUCCUUGGGUGAAGACGACUAA